AUGGGCCAGGGAGCCUUGGCGCUGCUGUUCUGGGUCGCUGGGUCUCUGUCUCGGUGCUCCGGGUCGCAGAGUGUCGAAGAAGAUGAUCAAGCCUGUUUCUCGUUCUUUGCAUGGAAUUGCAAUUGGUUUCAGCACGCGCCAGAAGGUCUCAGUGAUCAGGAAGAUUCUGCUUGUGCAGCAUCUGGACAAGCAUUUCCUCCGUGGCCAGGUGCUACUUGGACACUGGUGCGGGAUCAAAUGUGGAGAUGCGUCGCCGCGUUCUUUGAGGGCCAGUACUUGCAGAUCACGUUGAACGUUGAGGAAUUUUGGGCAGGCUGGGGGCGUGCAGGUCCGCCACCUCCCAUGGCGGACAGCUUUGGUUUGUGCAUCCCACGAAGAGUAUGUAGCGAAGAGCUGGUGAAAUGGUUACUACUUCCUGUGUAUUCCUUGUACGUCCAGACCGGCGAUCCGGCACUUGUGGAUCACGAAGGUAUCCUCAGCGAGGCGACAGUCCUCCAGAGCUUGCGCGGCGAACCGCCAGGAUCAAUUACGAUCAAGUCGGGGGUUGAACUGGAAGAGACGAUCCACAACCGCGCCACCAAAGAGUUGGAGGCCGCGCUGCCGACUCCUUUCUCGCACGUGACAGGGGCUGCCUGCAUUGUCGGUCAUCUCCGCACUUUGGGCAAUCCUGUAGUUUAUCAGAAUCUUCGGCAAAACGCUUUGGACUCCUUGCACUUCUCUGAACUCCGGACGAUUCUCGUCACCGAGUUUGGCAACAGUGUGCCUGAGAAUGUGUCCGCAAGUUUGGCAGAGGAGCUCAGGAGUAAAAACCCCACGCGCAGCUGGAGGGAGGUCGCACAUGCGCUGGAAGCCAUCGCGCCGGACGUCAUCCUGAACGUCGCGGUGGCUGAAGAAGGAGAUCCCCCCGAUCGGAAAUGCUCGGACACGUAUCCACGCUCCUGCAAUGCGCAGUGGAAGCGGCUGGAGCUGUGUAUGGCGCAAGUCCUGACUAUGGAGCAGCAGCGGGGGAAACCUUUCGACUGGGUCAUUCGUCUUCGUCCAGACAUGCACUUCAGUGUACCGUUGGGUGAUAUUCGAAUCUACGAUCCGGACCACGUGCAUCUGCCCGUUGGAAGUUGGACAGAUCCGCACGAUACCUUUGCACUCCUCCCGCGGCGGUUUGCCCCGAUCUACUUCAGCACGCGGCAAUAUGGUGGCACUGAGUACUGCUGGGUCUCGCCAAGCGAAGUGAGGUCUGACGAUUGCAGCCUGGCUGCAGCGAGCCAUGGUGUCGCGAGGUGUUAUUCUGAGCAUGAGGCACGGGAUGGUGGCCUUCCAUUGUCUUCGGACUUGAACGAGUAUGCACAUCUGCCGGAAAUGCACUGCACGGUGCAGGAGUCCUUCACCAGAAUGUGCGCAGAACUGUGCUGGGAACGAGUGGUCACAGCGACAGUGAUGCAGUGGCCCGUUCGCCUAAUGAUCUCAAGCCUCACAUUGCCAACCACAGCAGAAGAUGUUAUUGCCCGUUCCAUCGCGAAUCCCUGGAGGACGCAGAGGCUUUGGUGGGCUUGCGCGGGUGCCCGGCACGGUGCUGGUUUCUGGAAAGCGGAAAUGUUCGAGUGCACAGAUUCUGAGUUCAUGGCACGCCUCCAAAGUUGGGGCCGGGAGUUUGCUUUGAGUAUGGUAGGAAGAGUAUGGCCUGCUGCCAUCUACCAGCAGCACAGGUUGCAAGUGGCCUACAUCCAGGAGUAUUUCAAGGCGCGGGCCGACACCACGGAGGCUGAACUGACACGCUUGAGGCAGCUGUCGGAGCGGGGCUCCGAUCCUGAAAAUGCAGAGGAUCAAGUUCUGCGGGACCUUCGGCAGUUCUUCGACUGCAUCCUCCAGGACCCACAGGUGAAGAUUGUGGAUUUGGCUGGUGGUCCCGGAUGUUGCGCUGCAGGCGCCUGGCGCUUCUUUACUGGCAGCAUGAGCUGCCGCACUGUCGAGGCAACUGUUGCAGACCCUGUCGAGGAGUGGUCAUGGUGCCACAAGCUGCUGGGGCUGCAGUUUCGGCCCUGUGCCAGCUUGUCGGAUAUGCUUCUAGAGGACUGCACCUUCACCGCCGAUGUCGUCCUGCUCGGCUGGGCCAUGAACUUCGCUUCGGAGAGCUUCUUUGCUCGUCUCCGGACGGCCUUCGACCAGCGUUCGACUUUCCUGCCGGGAUCGAGGUCUCAGGCGCUGGUCAUUGUCAUGGACGGGCGCCUGGACCACUUCUGCUUCAAGGAUAAGCGCCACAAGGAGCUGGGGAAGCCUGGAGUCUUCCAGAAAGAUUAUGGUGCCAACGUGUGCUAUUCCUGGUUGUUGGGAAACCCACGGCUUCCCGGCACAUCAGCGCCUUCUGGAGAUUUGUGA